CACACCAAAAACACCCAAAAACACCCAAAAACACCCCAAAACACACCAAAAACACCGAAAAACACCCAAAAAAACACCAAAACACACUAAAAACACCCAAAACACCAAAAACACCCCAAAAACACCCCAAAACACACAAAAACACCCAAAAACAGCCCAAAAACCCACCAAAACACAGCCCAAAACAGCCCAAAAACAGCCCAAAACCCACCAAAAACAGCCCAAAACACACCAAAACACACCAAAAACACCCAAAAACACCUCAAGGAUGAGCUUUAAAAGAUGGCUGGUGUUGCUGGCGGUGUACCUGUGCUUCAUGAUUGCUGGGGCCGUCAUGUUCCUGUUCCUGGAGCAGUGGUACGAGCUGCAGGAGAGAAAAGAUUUGCAUAUUCUGAAGAAAAAUGUUAUGGGUGUGGUGGGUGCCCUGGACAAUUCGACGCGGGAGGAGGUGGUGAGGAUAGUUAAUGAAAUAGGAGAUGAAUGUAGCCAUGAUUUUUUGACCCUAAAAGAAGACACGCCUUUAACUUGGACUCUAUGGAACUCCUUCUUCUUCACCUUCACCGUCAUCACCACCAUCGGGUUCGGACACAUGGCUCCCAAGACGAUGUGGGGCAGAAUCGCGUGUAUUUCCUAUGCAUUUAUUGGUGUCCCACUGAAUGGUAUUCUUGUGGCAUCUUUAGCUGAUAUUUUCUCCUCUCGGGUGAUGCACUGGGACGUGAGACAAUGGGCGUCUAGAUACAAAACAUGGGUAACAGUAGUUGUGGAUUCAAUUGUCUUCCUAGUACCAGGCCUCGUGGUAUUCCUGGUGAUCCCUUCUCUCGUUCUAAUGGAAGUGGAAGAUGGGUGGACCUAUCUUGACGCCUUCUACUUCUCCUUCAUCACCCUCACCACCAUAGGCUUCGGUGAUCAUGUGGCUGGCCAGCAAGAGAGGGAUCACGUGUGGGUGUGGGUAUACAAGGUGGUGAUGGUGGUAUGGAUCAUCUUUGGCCUGGGGUACAUCAUCAUGAUCAUCACCUUUGUGCAGAAGGCGUUGAAGUCUAAAAAGAUUCUCAACUUGGAGAAAAAAAUGGCUUCCGCACUUAAGAAACACGUGGUGCGAGUCCACAGAGAUCUAGGCACCGUGCGCAGGGCCAUCAACAACAAAAAUAGAGUUUACCCUGAAGAAGACGGAGACGAGAAGAACAACAGAAAACGGGCCAAACCUUCCCAAAAGCUUACUCUUGAACUUGAUGCCCUCACGGACUCGCCACGCCCCAGCCCACGCAACCACGGGGCGCCCUGCACACGCCCUCGCUCCGCCUCUGAGUCUGAUCUCUUUGCGCCCUCUCUGACGCACCGGGAGGAGCUGGAGGGCAUGAACGCGAUGCUGGACUUCAUUGAGCGCUUACUGCACCACCAGGAGACACGAGCCCUCACCACCUUUGACAGACUCCUCUACCACCACCACCACCACGACGACGACGGGCCAGAAGAAGAGGAAGAGGAGGAGGCGACAAAUGGUGGCAGCGCUAGGAUUGAUCUGGAGAAAGGUGGCUGCGUGAAUUCAGGUUUUAUUAAAGAUCAGGAUGAAUUGUCGAUUUUGAAGGGGAUAGUGGGGGUGGGGGCAGGGGGAGGGGAAGCCUGGGGUGCCUGUAGAAGGGGGCAAGCAGGGGAUACCGACCCCCAAGCCACAGAAAAGCAACGCAGACGAAUUAUUGUACCUAAUGCUUUUAAGGUCUCGUUCCUCAAACACUUCUGGUAACAAUGCCUCUCCUACUGCCACUACUGCUACUCCUCCAGCGCCCCCGCCUUACGACACCAUCUCCUACACGCCCACGCUCUCUCCCACGAAUUCCCUUGCUAAUUUGACGCUGCUAACACAGUUUUGUCGAAGGCAUGUCAGGAAUAGAAAUUCUGUGUCAUCUGGUCCUCUCUCCUUCUUCCCUCGUCCUUCCAUCUCCUCUAUCUCUUCCUCCUCUGUCACCCACCCCCCCGCCCUCCCCAAGGCAGGAGACAGUGAAUAUACUAAGCUGUGAGAGAGAGAGAGAGAGAGAGAGAGAGAGAGAGAGGGAGAGGGAGAGAGAGUGUGUGUGUGCGUGCGGAGUAUUGUUGUUCUUGUUAUUGUUGUUGUUGACGGAGAGAGAGAGAGAGAGAGAGAGAGAGAGAGAGAGAGAGAUUGUUCAGGUUUCUUAAAAUUUACAUAUAUUCUCACAGUAGUAGUAGUAGUAGUAGUAGUAGUAGUAGUAAUGAUGAUGAUGAUGAUGAUUAUGAUAGUAAAAAGGAAUACCUCUAAUAAUAAUAAUAAUAAUAAUAAUAAUAAUAAUAAUAAUAAUAAUAAUAAUAAAAAGGUGUACAAAUUUUUCAUAUUUUACCCUCAAUUAAAUAUAACCUCCCACUAAAUUACUUACAAAUUACUUACAAAUAAUUUUAUAGGCUCGUAGGAUUACUUAAGAAAACACAAAGUCAUUUUAUAUACGCAGAAAUUAAUGAACUGCCUUAAAUACGCUCCCUCACUUUUAAUUAAGCUAUUUUUUUUUUAUACUCGUAGCCUCAUUGUGUACUUUGAAAAAAAAAACAAAAAAAAAACAAAAAAAAACAGUCAUUUCAUAUUUACAGGGAAUUUGAUAAAGACAAUGACACAUACACACAUACGCACGAACACACACACACACGCACACACUUGUAUAGUAUUUAAGUUAUAUUAUUUAAGAUUUUUUUUUUCUAAGUUUUCCUCCUUUUUUUUUUUUUCAAGUCAUUCUUUAUAUUUUCCCUUUAUUUUUAUUUGCUUUCCCUCUUCUUGUCUGUAAAUCGACCUGUUUAUCCUGUUAUCCUGAUUUUUGUUUGUGUUUAAUCUUUUCAUUCCCAAACCGUGUAUUUUUAAGCCUAUCGUUUUUAAAAAGCAUCUAAAUAAAUGAGAUUCCUAUA